AUUUCCGUUGAGACAUGGUGGUAGACUAGAUAGCUAAAGCAGCAUGGCGUAUAAGCGGAUUGCAGGAACACGUUGGCGCCUAUGUCCAAGUAUACUAGCCACUGUUAUUGUCAUACUAAUUAAAGGUUUUGAGGUUCAAGGUCAGGUAGCAGAUUGUUCCUCUACAACGUUUGUGGAUGUGGACACACUGGAUGCUGGGGUUGAGUUAGCUUUGAACUCAGUGGCUACUGGCUACGUAACGGCUGGUUACACAUACCACUUCAUAAGUUUCCAAUUCAUAAAUUAUCAGAAGGACCAAUCCUAUAUAGGAUUGGAAAAGUUCUUCAUAGAGGGGGCAAUAGCGGAAUUUGGCUUGGCACAGAUGGUGAAACAAUAUAUUAGUGAUAGAGGCGGAUGUGUAUCGUUCCCUUUAAUAGAGGAUCCGACUAUCAAUUUGUUUUCGCAAGAAAUUGCAUUGACGAAAGCAAUUGGUUUUACAAUUGCGUCUUGUGACGAGCUUAACACUCUUGUUCAAGGGGCAGAGGCUGUCAACGACACUGCUACUGCAGCAUUUGGGAGACUGUUGCUGGAGGAACGCAUAGCAAUAGUUAAGAAACUCGUUGGCUACCGACUACAAGCAGUAAACGCCAAGCCCAAAGCGUCUGAUAGAUGGCUCUAUGAUCGUAUUGACGACUUUGAUUGGUCCCCACUCGGCAAAGAUGUUUGGGACCGGUUGGUUCUGUUCUAUGAACCUGGAAAUCGAAAAUUUGACUUCGAAGGAAAUAUCCUUGGGAAUAUUCUGUCUCUGGCAUUCCAGAAAGGUGUGCGUUUAACCAACGCUGAACGGGUUAUAUUGAGCGAGAUACUAGCGGCGAAUCUGAUUGAAGACCCAAUGUCUCGUCCGAGAAUGGAUCUUGUUGAUAGCCCAAUAAAAGAUGGUAUCUUCCAAGAGGUUACACACAUCAAUGACUUUACGUUCCAUUCGAAUUUUUGGCGCAGAAUUGGUUCAGUUGUAAUUCGACUUCGCCGGCAAGUUGAUCUUUUUAACGAGGGGAACAUCCCAUCCUCUGCAAUCAUACGCUUGAAAUAAUCUAAUCGCAGGAAACUUAUAUGGGAUUGCUGAUGUUUUGCAUGGGUUCAUAUUUUUCAAAAGGACCAAGGAUUCAUUGUUAAACCGCGAGACGUCAACCAUCAACAUGUUUUUAAAGACAGAGUAAAGGCACUAAAGAGGAAAAACCAGAAUAAAACAAAUGUUGAUCUUAAAAUAGCUUGAUAACAGACACAAAUUAAAAUUUUUGAAGUUUCUUUAUCAAAGCGGGAAGAUAUGCCCUGG